GUUGCCAGUUACGACCCAGCCACCGUGACCCUUCAGGAAUAAAAAAUUUUCUCUCGUUUUCCCGAGAAAACUCAUGCUCGAUAUUCUUGAACUGAAACCGGUUUGCGUAUUCUGUCUUAAGCGUUCGAAAUCGAAUCGAUGAGGCCAAUUCAACUUCCUGAGCCGCCGAGCCCUACCGCACGGAGAGGAACUCCUGAUAUCUUCGAAUCUGGACUUCACACCUUCGUUCGACGCGCCGUCGUCAUCGGCAACGGUUUCCCCGCAUCGGAGAAUCAGAGCAUCGGAUUGGUUCGCGCCCUUGGCCUCUCAGAUAAGCACAUCUUAUAUCGGGUUACCAGGCCAAAGGGGGGAGUUAAUGAGUGGCUUCAAUGGCUUCCAGUCACUGUCCAUAAAAAAAUAUAUUAUAUAGUAAGAAUGAUUCGCGGUUAUUCUCAGCUUCUGUUGAAAUCUCAAGAAAAGAAGCAUGUUCCUUUACCUUCAGAAAAUGGUCUCAGUGCAGGCUUGUUGGCUGUCUUAGAAGCUGAUGUAAAGAAGAUAGUAAAUUUUGCUCGUGAAACUUACGAAAAGGAGGGCCCUUUGUUGGUGGUAGCAUGUGGAAGGGAUACCAUUUCUACUGCAAGUUCCAUAAAACGUUUAGCAUCUGAGAAUGUUUUUGUUGUUCAGAUACAACAUCCAAGAUUUCAUUUGAAUAGGUUUGACAUGGUGAUUACCCCUAAGCAUGAUUAUUAUCCAUUGACUCCAGAAGGACAGAAACAGGUUCCCCGGUUUCUUCAAAGUUGGAUAACUCCUCGUGAUCCUCCAGAAAGUCAUGUGGUGCUCACAACGGGGGCACUACAUCAAGUAGAUUUCACUUCAUUACGCAGUGCUGCUGUUACUUGGCAUGAUGAGUUUGCACAUGUUCCCAGACCCUUGCUCGUUGUCAACAUUGGAGGACCAACAAGCAACUGCCGAUAUGGUGUAGACCUUGCCAAGCAGUUAGCAGCCUCUUUGCUAAGCGUUCUUGUUAGUUGUGGGAGUGUUAGAAUAUCCUUUUCAGAGAGAACUCCACCAAAGGUGUCCAAUGUUAUAGUGAAAGAACUUGGGAAUAAUCCAAAAGUUUAUAUUUGGGACGGGCAAGGACCUAACCUGCACAUGGGCCAUCUAGCUUGGGCUGAUGCAUUUGUUGUCACUGCUGAUUCAGUCAGCAUGAUAAGUGAAGCUUGCACCACUGGGAAGCCUGUUUAUGUUGCGGGAGCCGAGCGGUGCAGAUGGAAGUUCACCGAAUUCCACAAAUCUUUGAGAGAGCUGGGGGUUGUUCGGCCUUUUACAGGUUCUGAGGAUAUAUCAGAAAGUUGGAGUUAUCCACCCCUUACAGGUACUGCGGAUGCUGCCAAACGGGUUCAUGAAGCGCUUGCUGCCCGAGGGUGGAAACUGAAGAUAUAGAAUGCAAUUUGAAGUUGACAUUAUACGUUUCCCGGUUUUGUUUAUUUGUCUAAAGGGGUAACCGUUUGUCGUUUUGACACGUAAUUUUCUUCCAUACCAUGAAUAGGAACAAAUGGUAUGCAUGUAAUCAUUUUCACCAUAGCAAUUUUUGAAUGUGAAUGUAAAGUGUAUGUUUUUGGCAUUUUAAAGAAUGCGGUGAACAAUCAUUGAGAAAAAAGAAUGAGGUGAAUAAAAAAGAUUGUAUUGAAAAUUUUCCU